CAAUCUCGAAAAGCUUCCUACUUCCUUACAAACCUGUAUUUCCAAGUUGUGCUAGCCAAGCUACUUGCAAAUCUUGGAAUAUUUUACUUCACCCAAAUCCCUUGCAGUCUGCAGAGAAGAGAAAAGAUGGCUUUGAUCGGAGAGGCUCUUAUCUCUGCUUCCGUCCAGGUGUUGUGCGACAGAAUUACUUCAGCCGAGUUCGUCGACUUAUUUCGGCCCAAGAAACUUGACAAACCACUCCUCAUGAAACUGAACACCACAUUGUUGACCUUGAAUGUAGUGCUCGAUGAUGCAGAGGAGAAGCAAAUGGUAAACCCUGCUGUGAGAAAGUGGCUUGACGAGCUCAAACAUGCUGUCUUUGAUGCGGAGGACUUACUGGAUGAGAUCGACACUGAAGCCUUGCGACGCAAGCUGGAAGGCGAAGAUCAAAUCGACAAAUUAACCAACAAGGUGUGGAACUUCCUCUCUUCUCAUAAUCAUUUUUAUCAAAGUAUGAAUGUUAAGAUACAAGAGUUGUUACAAAGAUUAGAAAGCUUUGUACAACAGAAAAGUAUUCUGGGUCUUAGAGAAGGUGCUGGGAAGCAGGUUUCACAAAGAACUCCAACAACUUCCUUGGUUCAUGAACCUUGUUUCCAUGGUAGAGAUGAAGUCAUAGAAAAGUUCUCAAAAGUGUUGCUAUCUGAUGAUGCAAGCAAGGAUGAUGUGUCUGUCCUCACCAUUGUUGGAAUGGGCGGGGUUGGCAAGACAACCCUUGCCCGAAUGCUUUACAAUGACGAUAAGGUGAAAAGUCAUUUUACAUUUCAAGCUUGGGCUUGUAUUUCAGAAGAUUAUGAUGCUAUUAGGAUAACUAAAACUCUUCUUGAGUCAGUCACUUCAAAGCCUUGUACUACAACAGAUCUGAAUUUGCUUCAAGUUGAACUAAGAGAACAACUGAGGGGAAAGAAAUUUUUAUUUGUAUUGGAUGACCUAUGGAAUGAAGAUUAUACUGAUUGGAAGUUCCUCCAAACUCCUUUUACUUCAGGAGCAAGGGGAAGUAAAGUCAUCAUAACAACACGGAACACAAAUGUAGCAUCUGUCAUGCAAAAUGUUCCUAUUCAAUACUUGGAACCCCUGUCAAAUGAGGACUGCUGGUUGCUACUUGCAAAACAUGCAUUUGGAAAUGAAAACUAUAGUGCACAUCCAAACUUGGAAGGAAUCGGGAAGCAAAUUGCACGCAAAUGCAAUGGGUUGCCUUUAGUUGCACAAACACUUGGUGGUGUGUUACGUUGCAAGAAAGACUCCGAAGAAUGGAACAAAGUAUUAAACAGUAGCAUUUGGGACUUACCUUACCAAAAAAGUAAUAUUCUUCCUGCUUUGGGAUUGAGUUACCAUUAUCUUCCUGCAACGUUAAAACGAUGCUUUGUUUAUUGUUCAAUUUUUCCAAAGGACUAUGAAUUCAAGAUAGAAGAUGUGGUUUUUCUUUGGAUGGGAGAAGGUUUAAUUCCCCAAGCUGAGAAUGUGGAAAGAAUGGAAGAGGUGGCUAAGGAAUAUUUUAAUGAACUCUUAUCCCGAUCAUUGUUUCAAAAGUUGGGGAAAUCAAGUUUCACUAUGCAUGAUCUCAUCAAUGACUUGGCUGUGUUUAUGUCUAAGGGAUUUUGUUCCAGGUUGGAAGGGAAAGAAUCACAUGAAAUAGAAAGGGUUCGCCAUUUGUCAUAUGCUAGGGGAGAUUUUGAUGUUGCUACAAAAUUUAAGCCAUUAAAUGGUGCUAAGUGUAUGCGGACCUUCUUACCUCUCUCUUUAAAUCGAUAUUCUUUUCCUGAUAACUACAUAAGUAGAAAAGUUAUGAAAGAUUUGUUGCCAUCACUAAGAUGCUUACGGGUCGUAUCAUUGUCACUUUACAAAAAUGUCACCGAGUUACCUGAUUAUAUUGGAAACCUCAUUCACUUGCGCUACUUGGAUCUUUCCCAUACCGCAAUUGAAAGGUUACCUGGGGCACUUUGCAAACUCUACAACUUACAAACAUUACUAUUGUCAAAUUGUUCAUCUCUCCUUGAAUUGCCUGCAGACAUCAUAAAAUUGAUUAAUUUACAGAAAUUAACGUUGGCAUAUUGUGGGUCUCUUACUAAAUUGCCUGCAGGCAUGAGGGAGUUGAUUAAUUUGCAUCAUCUUGAUGUCAGGGGAACUAAAAUUGAAGAGAUGCCGGUGCAAAUGGGUAGACUGAAAAGUUUGAGAACAUUGACUGCUUUUGUUGUGGGAAAAUCUACUGGGUCAAGCAUAGGAGAAUUGAGGGAGUUGCCACAGCUUGGUGGAAAACUUUCAAUUUUGAAGCUACAAAAUGUAGUUGAUGCGAGGGAUGCACUGCAAGCCAAUAUAAAGCAUAAGAAAGAUCUCAAGGAGUUAGAGUUUUCAUGGGGUGCAGAGGAUGCUGAUGAUUCCCAAAAAGAGAAAGAUGUACUUGACAAGCUCCAGCCUUGCGUGAAUUUGAAGAAACUAACCAUCAGAUUCUAUGGUGGAACCAAUUUCCCGAAUUGGUUAGGAGACUCUUCUUUCUCUAACAUACAAGUCAUGCAUCUCAGUGAUUGUAGAUAUUGUUGGUCGUUGCCACCAGUUGGGCGGCUACCAGGUCUCAAAGAGCUCUGUAUAAAAAGAAUGAAGUCUUUGAAGACGAUUGGCGUGGAAUUCUAUGGCAGAAAUGGAGGUUCUUUGAUUCAGCCAUUUCAAUGUCUGGAGAGGCUGGAGUUUAGUGGGAUGGAAGAGUGGGAGGAAUGGGUACCAAGUGGAAGUGGAGGUGAAUAUGGUCUAGACUUUCCUUGUCUCCAGGAGCUGAUUCUAACCAAAUGUCCGAAGCUGAGAGGAAGCUUGCCUCAUGAGCUGCCUUGCUUGAAGAAGCUUUGGGUGUGGGGGUGUCUAGUUUUACAUGAUGUAAAGCCCACUUCCACAACUACCAUUAGUCUUAACUACAAAUCUCUUAAAGAAUUGCGUAUAGAAGCUUUGGCAGGUCUGUUAUCAUUAUUAGAGACAAAGUUCCUGUCCCAACUUUACAUUAGAAAUGUUGUUGACCUACAGUGCUUGCCCAACUGCAAUCGUCUUCGAACUUUGAGACUUUGGAAUUGUCCAACGCUGUCGUCGUUCCCUAAAGAUGGCCUGCCCACUACGUUGAGAUCACUUUCUAUAUACCGUUGUAGGGAAUUAGAAUUCCUAGCCGAUGAGAUGUUGGCCAAAUUGACAUCGCUUGACUAUUUGUACAUACGGAAUAGCUGUGAUUCAAUGAGGUUCUUACCGUUGGGCAUUUUUCCCAAAUUGACGAGCCUUUACAUUGGGGAAUGUGAGAAUCUGGAAUCCCUUUCCAUUGAUGAGAAUCUCAGCCAUCUCAAUAAUUUGUGUUUUCCCCUGAGUUCCUUUUCAGUCCAUGGAUGCGAGAAAUUGAAGUCAUUCCCCAAACGCAUUCACACCCUCACAGCCCUUCGAUCAUUGUCGAUAGGAAAUGUUUCGAAUCUAGAGUCAUUUGCAGAAGAUGGGGGUUUGCCUCCCAACCUCCGAGAGUUUAUCAUUACGAAUUGUGAGAGACUGAGGGCUUCAUCUUCAUCAACGGGGGAGUACUGUAACUGGGGUUUGCAAGCACUUGUCUCCCUUGAAUCAUUUGUUAUCGUUGGAAGUGACCAUGUCUUGGAGACGUUGCUCAAGGAACAGCUGCUCCCUACCACUCUUCGCAGUCUCUCCAUCUCUUCUCUAUCAACUCUGAAAUCUUUGGACGGGAAGGGUCUUGAACACCUCACUUCUCUUCAAGUGCUAGAAAUUACAUCGUGUCCAAGUCUGGAAUUCCUGCCAGGAGAGGAACUUCAACACCUCACUUCUCUUAAAAAUCUACAUAUUAGACAGUGUGACAGUCUCCAAUGCCUGCCAGAAGAGGGUUUGCCGCCAUCUCUUCAAAGGCUAAGUAUCUACUGCUGUUCUGCCCUGGAGAAAAGGUAUAAGAAUAAGACGGGACAAGAUUGGGCCAAGAUUUCUCACAUUCCAUGCAUCGAGAUAGGCAACGAAGUGAUCAUAUAAUAUGAGCUAUUCCAUAUUUCACUCUCAAUGGUCAACUCUCAAAUGAAACUCAGGUGAGUGGUUUUGCAGGACGGCAUACCUUCUCUUGGGGUGCUUUUCAUUUUGCAACAUUUCUUUACGUGUGAUUUCCAGAGGAGGGUUUAUCAUUGUACAUAGCUCUUCGGGUGGUUUUUCUACAAAACAAGUGUCACAAAGGAGGAGAAACCGAAAAGAUUUACUUGGAAUAUCUCAAGUCUCCUUUGAGAUAAAGGCAUCGAAUGCACAACAUUGUUUUGGUACUAUUUCAUAAUUCAAAUGUGUU